CCAAGAGAACAGAUUCUCGGCUAGAAGAUAGAAUGAGAGAUGUAGACAGUGGUGAUAGUGCUAGUUCGUCUUCGUUUGAGUUUCAUGUCAGUUUGGAAGAGGGUAUUAGCCUUUCAGUUGAUCUAAAUUUCAAUCCAUCAGAUUGGAUUAAUAGCAUGAGGGAUGAGGUCAAUGUAUGUGAUAGCAUGCGUCGAAGAAAACCCCCACAUUCUGACCUUGGCGUUAAUAAUGCUACAGAAUGUAAGAAACAGAAGACUUCAGGGCAAGACACAGAUGGGCAUGUAAGGAGAGAAUCAUCUGUAAGUCCGACAAUGAAAGAAAAUACUCAAUUACCUUCUGAUCAUCAUUCCAAUGGUGAACGGUCUCUAGCGUUAUCUGCUAUAGAACCAUGCAGCAGAAUCAAAGAGGGCUUAGACACUUGCAAGGAGAAAAAAGGGAUUAACUUGUCCAUACCUGAUUCUUUGGUACCUGGCCAGAUUGUAUCAUCUUGUGUCGAAUCGUAUAGCAAAAGCUGUUGUGUGAAUCCAGUUGACUUGGACUGUGUGAUUCCUCCUGAGAAGAAGUUAACAAGUGAUUCUAUUACGGUUGCUGCAGAACAGAAUCAUCCACCUGGUGAUCAUCAAACUCCGGGGAAUCCAUCCAUGGAAAGUUUUCACAAGGUCGGAAACUCAAGUACUAUUAUAUGUCCACGGGGAGCUGGUUCUGAACUAUCAUCAUCAGAAGCAGAGACUUAUCAUUCAAACCUGCCGUGUUCUCCUCGUAAGACCGUUAGAUCCUCAACCAUCUCUUCUCCAGAGUUUAUAAUCGAUAGAGAGUCCACUAGUUAUUCUGAGUCAUUCAAGUUCCGGUGCAAUGGAGGCAAGAACUGUCUGCCACCAAAUACUGAGGAGCAGGAAAAGAGUGAAGUUUUAAGUGAGCAGGCGCGGUCAGAGUGACUUGUUUGAAAUGAAAGCAUUUAUUAUAUUGUAUAAUAUUGUUCAAGUAAUAGGAGAAUGGCUAUAUACAUGAUGUAGAGAUAGUCAAGAAAUGGCCUUUCCUCUGACCAAGUGGUUUCUUCUGCUGCUUUUUUUUUUUUGAGGCCAUCAAGUACAUGGAGAUUCCAUUAGAAGCAUUGGGUCGUUUAUUACUGAAGGAUUUUGCAGUGAGCCAGUGACCUAGAGAGAAGUCAGUUUUAGCUUUCAGAGCAAUGUUGCAUACACCGUGUUGUUGAAUAGAAGCAAAGGGUCUGACUGUAAGGGAAUGAAACAUGUUGGAGUAACAUCCUCGAAAACAUAUGAUGGUGUUAUCACUUAUCACUUACCACAUAGUUCUAAAGAGAGAAGCUCCUGUUUACACAACAUAUUGAUACAUUUGAGGUCCAACACCCUCCUAUUCUUUACCGCUAUCAUAGGAAGAAGAAAAGCCCAAAUGGCUAGAGAAUUAGUAAGAAGGAUCCAGUAGUAGUAAUGGGCCUUGUGAGAGGGUCAAGUUGUCUUUAGUAAAGAAUAAAGGUCUCUAUCUCUCUGCUAAGUCUGUAACGGUCUGUGGGGUGGGGUAGGGAUAUGAGAGUAGUACUUAUGUAGUAGGUGAGGGGCAGAGGGAACUUUGUCCAGUCUUUGGUAAACAUUGUAAGGGGGA